AUGUGCGAGAACGUAGAAACCGGCGUAGAAGAAGCAGCAGCGAAUGCUUGUGCUUUAUUGCUGCCCGAAAAAUCGAAAGAGAGGUACACAUUUAUAUAUUCCAAGUUUAAAGAGUGGCAAGCGGUGAAGCAUUUGAAUAUUGUUGAUGAAAAUGCACUUUUGGCAUAUUUCUUUGAGCGUUCCCAACAUUUGAAGAGUCCAGCAAGUUUGUGGAGUGAAUACUCUAUGCUCAAGACAACAUUAUCCAUUAAUGACAGUAUAGAUUCAAAAAAGUAA